GUCCAUAAGUAUCUCCCCGGAUUCGUUUUAAACUCUGGCACAUUUUCCAGAAUUGGACCGGCUACCAGGAAAGUUGAACAGCUACCGCUGCGAUGUCCGACACAGAGAAGCAUGCUAGUGGCAGUACGGUGACCAUGGACUCGGAUGGCCCAAUUGCAAUUGACCCAACCACCGAGCGAUCGCUCGUCCGGAAGCAAGAUCUCAUUCUGAUGCCAGGCCUUGCACUUGCCUAUCUCACCCAUACAUUAGAUCGCGCCAACUUAGGAAACGCAAAGACAGAUACCUUAGAAAAAGAUCUUCAUCUCGUGGGCAACCAAUUCAGCCUGCUCUUGAUCCUCUUCUACGUUCCAUAUGGUCUCAUGAAUGUUCCGUUCACGCUUCUCUCGAAGCGGUUCAACCCCGCCGUCGUCAUUCCAUCCGUCAUGUCUAUUUGGGGCAUAAUGGCCAUGGCAUCGGCGGGAACGAAAAACUUCGGGGGUAUUCUCGCAUGCAGAAUCCUCAUGGGUUGCGUGGAGUCAGCGUUUCUUCCUUGUGCUAUCUUCUAUUGCUCUCUCUUUUACACGCGACGAGAGCUAUCGUUCCGCGUUUCGAUAUUCGGAAUGAUGGGAUUCAUUGCUGGUGCCAUUAGCGGCCUCAUUGCUUUCAGCGUCUUCCAGUGGCAUAGAGCUCUCAAUGGCUGGCAAUAUCUCUUCAUCAUCGAGGGGGCGCUCACAGUGGGGAUAGGCUUACUCCUUUUCCUAAUCCUCCCCCACAGUGUCCAAAAAUCACGCUGGUUUUCAGAAGAAGAGAAAUGCGUCUCCAUCGCCCGGCUUGCACAGGACUCUCAGGAUGAAGAUAAGAACUUCCACCGGGAGGACGCCAAAGUCCAGCUCCGCGACAAGAUCACCUGGGUCUACUUCCUUAUGGCGUUGUUUUACGGUGUCGGCGUUGCUAGCAGCUCUAACUUCCUUCCGACAAUGGUGAAGCGUCUCGCAAAAGUUCCGUCAAAAUCAAACCUCUACACCGUCGGCCCCAACCUCGUGGCGGCUGCCGUUCAACUCUCAACCACCUUCUUGAGUGACCACUUCCAACAGCGCGCUACGAUCGCUUGCGGGACCCUCUUCGUCUCAUUCUUGGCCUGGAUUCUACUCGCCACCCUCGACCUCGUCCAUAACGUUAAAGUUGGGUAUUUCCUCACCUACCUCAUCACCUUUGGAACGUUCACGCCCGGAAUUCUGGUCCCCGUUUGGCUAUCCUCCAACACGACGACGACCACUGGGCGCGCUCUCAGGCUGGGAAUUAGUUUCAUGGGGCAGAACCUCGCGGGUAUCAUAAGCUCGGUGGCGUUUAGGGCGCAGGACGCUCCCACCUACAAGCCGGCGCUGGUUACGGUCGCGUCUUGCCAGGCCGCAUUCAUUGUGGUUUGCCUGUCAUUAAGAGAGUACUAUAGGCGAGAGAAUAAGAAGUUGGAAAGUGGGGAGGUUGUGCAUUUCAGCGGCGGGAAAGAGAGACCGGAGUAUAGAUACGCGUUGUAG